AUGAUUCCGGCAUCCACGCUGGAACGAAUGGGGAUAGCACCCGCUCGUUCGAGGCGGCUACGAAUUGCCAACGGCGAAAGAGUCGAAUACCAGACUGCCUUGGCCUACUUCGAGACUGGGGGGUUCGAAGGGGAGGCCAGAGUGGUCUUCGGUCCGGAAGGUUUAUACCUGUUGGGUGCAACAGCGCUGGAAGACAUGCUUCUGGUAGUGGACCCGAUUGGAAAGAGACUGGUACCGGAAGAAGCCUUGCUGAUGAAGUUUGUUGAUGGUCACCAUCGCCUUCGAGCAGCACAGGCUCUCCAACGGUAUGGACGUCAUCCUCACGAGGACCACACCAUCCCGUUGGUGGCGGUCAACGUCUGGUACCACGUCGGCUCCAAGAACGAGGAGAUGGGCCGCACCGGCUUCGCCCACCUUUUCGAGCACGUGAUUCCAAACUACCUCGAGCUGGCACUGUGGCUCGAGGCCGACCGCAGGGGUUUCCUGCUUGACGGCCUGGACCAGCAGAAGUUCGACCUACAGGACGAGGACCUGACGCGCAGCUUGGACGAUGUGAAGAAUUUCUUCCAGCGCUUUUACGGCCCCUCCAACGCCAGCCUCGCCAUCGCCGGGGACUUCCGCGCGGACGAAGCCCUCGAGCUGGUCAACGGCUACUUCGGCGACCUGCCCCCGGGAGAAAGCGUGCCCCGCAUCGAACGCCAGGACUCGCUCCUGUCCGGCCGCGUGGACAUAGAGAUGCGAGACAAGGUAACCCUGCCGCGCCUCUACAUCGCCUGGCCCGCUCCGCCCGAGGGACACCCGGACGACGCGCCGCUGGAGCUCUACCAGGCGGUAAUGUCCGACGGCCUCAGCUCGCGCCUGCACCGCUCGCUGGUGUACGAGAAGCAGAUCGCCCAGCACGCCUUCAUCCGCUACGUACCCUCCGAGAUCGCCGGGCAGCUCCUGGUGCAGGUGACCGCCGCCGAGGGACACAGCCUGGACGAGUUCGCCCGCAUCGGCGGCUUCGGCGGGCGGGCCGACCAGCUCAACCACUUCAACAUCAUCGAGUCCAACCGGUGGAUGUAUCAACACCAGCUCCGUCGGACGCUUGCCUACGCCGUUGCAGCGCGAGGAUAUCCUGCGGUCGCCCAGGCCUACGUGGGCGACAACCGAGUGCGCCUGCGGGUGCUGCCCGACACGCCGCUCUCGGCUGCAUCGACCACCAUCGACCGCAACAUCAUGCCUCCCCCGUCGAAGGAGCCGGCAUUCACUCCGCCUCUGCCCACCCGCGACCGCCUGCCCAAUGGCAUGGGUGUCACGGUAGUUGAGCAGCGGGGCAUGCCCAUCGUCGCCUUUGGCGUCCUACUUGGCACCGGUGCCUCCGCCGACCCGGCAGACCUCCCUGGCCUCGCCGGCCUGGUUGGAGACAUGCUCCCCGAGGGAGCUGCCGGGAAGCCCAGCCAGCAGAUUGCCAACGAAUUCGAGUUCAUAGGUGCCCGGCUGUCCGUCGACAGCCGCCGAGAAUACAGCUUGCUUUCCACCGAGACACUGGCGAAACACUGGGGCAGUGCCCUGGAAAUGAUGGGCGAGGUGAUGCUGUCCCCCGACUUCCCCCAGCAUGAGCUUGACCGGGUGCGCCGGGAGCAACCCUUCCACCUAUUCCUAUCCCCCUAA